AUGGUUGAAGGGGACAGCAGCGAAGGAGAAGCUGGAGGUGCCCAGCCCCCGCCCGACCAGAACGGGCAUCGCGAGCGAGAGGCUGCUUCUGUGAAACCGCCGAAGUCGCCAGGCCCUCCAGCGGCCAUGGCGUCAUCCGCGGCACCAUUGGGCGCCGCGGGGGAGGGGGGAUUGGAAAUUGGCGCCGUGGCAGCAGCAGAACAGUCAGCAGCAGCGGCGGCGGCGGCAAUGAAACAACUACCAGCAGCAGCAGGCGAGGAGGAGGACGAUGAUAACUCCGUCAGUCUUUCCGCUCGGCAAGAACAACAGGACCCACCAAAACUCUUCGGUGAGGUAGACGCGCCCUUUGCUGACGGGGUUCAACAAGGACAGGUGGACGUGGAGUCGGAGAUCGGGGGGCCGCUCUCGCCGAUGACGACGAGAAGCAUCAAGGACGAUUGUAGCACCGGCAGCGAUUUCGACUGGGAAGGUGCCAGCCCCACCGAGCCCUCGUCUCCCGCAUUGCGAGGGGUUCACAAAAUCGCCGUGGAGGUGAUGCGAAGGAGCUUCGGGUCUGCAGAGGGAGAUCCAGGGAUGCAUGCAGCCUUGGUUGCCAUGGGAAAGGAGAAGGCCCGAAGGGAGGACGACGACGAUGGGAUGUUCGAGGAAGAGCAAAGCCUCACCACGAAGGCCGCGGAUCUCAAGCAGAGUCUUAUCGACGUGUCCGUAGACGACAUCGAUAUGUCCGGAGGCAAGCCUUCCGAUCGGGGCGGCGACGGGGAGGGCGGCGCCCUACGAGCCUCGCCACGGCCGGCGGGCGCAGCGGCGGCGGCGGCGGCGGCGGCGGCGGCAACAGAAGUGGUGGCAUCAUUGGGGACGGCGGGGGCGGAGGCAGGGGGGGCAGGGGCUGACGAUGAGAGCGGUAGCAGAAGGGGGAGCGCCACCGCCGAAGGUGACGAGCAACUUCCACGGGCGGCGGCGGCGGUGGCGGCGGUAGCGAGAGAGGCGGAAGAAGCGGCUUCCCCCGCGGUGGCGGCGGCCGGGCGGGCUACAGAUAGCGGUGGGCGGGAGGGCACCGCUAGCGAGCGCGUCGAAGGCGUCGUAAGCAUACCACCGGCGGCGGCAACGGGAGGUCUCAACGGUAACGGUGUGGGGCAGGGAGAAGGAGGACCAGGGGGCAAGGUUGAUGCCGGUGCCACUAACGGCGGCGACGAGGGUAGGGCUGCGAGCAAUGGCGGGGGGGAGCUUGUGACGAGAGCGAUCCCGAGACGACCGUUGCGAGAGAUGCUGAGGUUGGAGGAAGAAGAAGCCGAGGUGAAGGACGGGGGCGAACCCGUAGCUCGCCUCGAGCACCUUCCGGCCUUUACUGAGAGAUGGGCGCCGGAGGCACUCACACCCCACAUCUUGACGCAGGUGUUCAGCGGGCUGGUUCCCGUGGCGUCGAACCAGGGGCAGGGCGAGCCGGUGUGCACGUACAUGCUGGAGUGCUGCGUCCGGCCCGACGUUCAGGCCGUCACCAUCCUGCACGUGGCCUCGCUGAUUGCCGCGAACCACGGGUUGGAACUCGUGCGCAAGCGGGGCGGCCAAGUCCUCUACGGCGUCGCACCCCCGGCCUCGAACGCUCCCCCUUCACCGCACGACAGCAUCUUGUUUCCCCACUCCCCCCGGAGCCCCGCCCCCGCUGCAGCAGCAGCAGCAGCUGCUGCUGCUGCUGCGCCGCCUUCCCCGGCAGUGUCAGGGGGAGGGGCUUCCGUGCCCAGAACUCCGCCACCGCGGCCGCUGUCGCCGGAGGCGAGCGGCAGCAGCGCUACAAGUAGUGGCGCCCCCGCCGAGGCGGAGGAGACAGGAACGGGGUCCCCGGAGAAUGAAGUCGAGGGCGCGGCGGAAAGGGGGACCGCGGAUAGCUCGGCGGCGGCGGGGGGGGGCUCCGCGUCGAAGGGGGCGGCGACGGGCAAAUUGUGGGGCGGGGCGGUCGGGGGGGCGACGGAGCUAAGGGGCUGGUGGGGCGCCGGCGGCGCCGGGUGGGGUGCAUGGAGCCACGUGGACAUGCAGCUGGUGGUAGGGCAGGCCUCCAAGCACCGGGUGCUCCUUGUUCGAUUCGUCACCUCGAGAACGGCCACCUCCCGAGAGGUCUUCCGCCUGGCGGCCGCCGCCGCGGAGAACGGCGAGCCCCUGGCCAUCGCGCCGGCGGCCAAGGGGUUCGUGUCGAGCGUGCAGCGCGCGCUUCGGGACAGGGGCGCCCUGCUGGAGUCGCUGGAGGAGUUGCCGGUGCAGAAGACAAAGGUCGAGAUCGACGCCCAGUUUUUGAGUCAGGUGGAGGGUAUGUGCCAGUUCGACAUGGUGGCGAGCUUGAGGGAGGCAGGGGUUUCUUUGGACGAGCACGCCAGGAACGAGGAGCUCCGGGGCGUGGUGGUGACGCGGCUGCUGGAGGAGAUGUUCAACCUGGUCGGGCUCCCGAUGCUGCCGCCGCCGCCCCAGCUCGUGCUCGCAAUGCCGCGCCCGAACGACAUCCUGCCCUCGAGCGUGGAUCCCAUGCCGGAUUUGUGCGAGGAGGAUAGAGGGGAGCUGUCGUCCCACCGCUUCUGCUCCGAGGCGAGCCGGGUCAUGGCCAACGUGCUUGCCCGGUGCAUCCGGUACACGGAGAAGUGCGACGAGCAGAUGACGGCCCGCAUGCAACGGAAAAACCGGCAGGUUAUGCAACGAAUAUCGCGCUCCCAGCUCUAUCAACGAGAGCUGUUCCAAGCUCUUCGCGACGGACACAUGGCGGUCCGUCGAUCGAGGAUGACGGCGGCGUUCAGCAGGGUCAUGCAGAGCCGACCCGAGGCUGGGAUCGACCCCAACGUCGAGGCCCCCGUGUACUUCUGCUCGAUCAUCUGCAACCGCCGGCCGGGGUACCUGUACCUCACGUAUUGGCACGUGUGCGUGGUAACGAAAGUGCCUGGUUUUGCUUCGACGGUAACGGUGAUGAACCUCGAGGACAUCGACGCGGUCGAGAUCGUUAAGCUCUUUGUGGGAUAUGGGAUUCAGGUCAGAAAAGGCCUCCGGGGGGCAGCGGCGGCGGCGGGAGAAGAACCGACCGUGUCCCCGUUCCCCCCAUCACCGGCGUCCUCCGCCUCUCAACCCCCCCCGCCCCGCCGCUCUAACGGCCAGACGGACGCCGCGGCAGCGGCAGCGGCGGUUGCGGCGGCAAAGAGAGUCCGGCCGGCGACCAUGACCUUCGCCACGGCCAAAGUAGCGACGGCCGAGCUCCGCGAGCUUAUCGUAGCGCUGGUCCGGGUGCACCGAGAGCCGGUGACGUCGCCGUCGGCGGCGGAGAGGGCGGCGGCGACGAGAGCGGUGGCGUCGUCGUCGUCGUCGUCGGCGGCGGCGGCGGCGGCGGCGGCGGCGGCGGCGGCGGCAUCGGCGUCGACGCCUGGCUUGUGACGAGACGGUCCCUUUGUUUUCUCGUAGGAGCAGGAGCAGGAGGAGGAGGAGGAGGAGGAGGGGGAUUGGCAAGGGGCGUGUGCGGAGGGGGAUUUCGCUACGCUCUUAGCUCGUGGAGGUGUGUGUGUGUGUUGGAGAGAAGGGGUGCCUGUCAUUUUGUGUGAAGCGGGAACGGGCGCCAAGAACGACUGACCCCUGGGGGCAGGAGGCGGUGGGAUAGGCUUCGCGUCGCGCGACGCGAGACAUCCGAAGCGAAACAAGGCGAUGCGGUGGAGUUUUUGGUUCUCCGGGUUUUCCCGCGCGCGCGCGAUAACGAGAGGCGGAGUUAGGCGAGAUGACGGGGGGGGGGUUGGCCUUGUCGGGGAGCUGUUUCUUUUUUUGACCGCGCCCCCGUCCUUCCCCUUGGCCCCUGUGGUGUGGUAGUGAGGUCGCGAUGGGGGGCGUGGUACAGCAGUAGGUGUUGCUGUUCGUGUGAGAGGAGGGUGAGCAGUGGAGC